AUGCCGCCGGCGAACCCCGACCAAACCGGCGCAACAAAUGGAGAUUCAUCAUCAUCGGGCGGAGUGGGCUUUGGACUUGGAGACCGGAACAAACGCCUCUCCCCUCAGUCAGCGCCGCUGCGCACCGGAGAGCAAACACCACACUCCACCGCCGAGAAUGCUGCUGUAAGCGGCGGAAUCUCAAUUGAGAGGAGCCGAUCCAGCGGCGGUGACAGACGGAUUGAGGAGGUGGGGAAGGCUGCAUUCGCCGGCAGAAUCGGAGGAGGAAGCGUCAACGCUUUCGCCGGCAGAAUCGGAGGAAGAAGCGUCGGCGCACUCGCCGGCAGAAUCGGAGGAGGGCGCGGCGGCGCCGUGUCUGGUGAAGGAGGAUAUCAGGACGAGGAGGAUAAUUGGGCGUGGCACUGAGCGUCAAGGUCUCUACUAUGUUGAUGAGAUGGCUCACCAAGGUAGUGCUGCAAUGCUAGCUCACGGAUCUGCGACUCGAGAAGCUUGGUUGUGGCAUAGACGUUAUGGUCACCCAUCUCAUGGUUAUUUUAAGUUACUCUUUCCUCAUUUUUCUCAUCUUAAGGAUAUUUCUUGCGAAUCUUGUGUUUUGGCGAAGAGCCACAGACAAUCUUUUAAGUCUACGGAAACUCGUGUUAAGAGUCUUUUUUCUUUGGUGCAUGCUGAUGUUUGGGGCCCUGCACCCGUUAUUGGUGAUCAUGGUUUUAAAUAUUUCUUACUUUUUGUGGAUGAUUGUUCAAGGAUGACAUGGGUAUAUUUUUUGAAAAAUAAAUCCGAAGUU